GAAUAAUAAGGUCACGUCAGAGCUACUCAUUCAGCUCACUCAGGAGGACCCUUUGUGAGGAAAUGCAAAUCUUCAAGUUUUAAAAGCAAAUGGAAAGUUGAACUGUGCUAAAGCUUUGCUCAAACUUUUACUCCCACAAGUCAGUUUAACAGUUCAAGUGUGAUGAUGAAGCUUUACGGAGUUCUGAUCCUGUUUGUGGCUCUAUCUGUGGCUGAUGGAUUGAGAUGCUACACAUGCACAGCAGCUGAAUCUAGAUCCUGCACAGACACCAAAUCGUGUCUUGUCCUUUUUAAUCGAUGUUUCUCUCUCAAAGUAGAUGGGUAUGAUGUGGUAACAAAGGGCUGCCAAACCAGCGUAGCAUGUGUGGGCUCUAUGACUUGUUGUGAAGGAGAUCUGUGCAACGGUGCUUUUCCAACUGGACCAAGUAUCAUCCUGCUGCUGAUGUCUUCAGCCAUCUUCACACUCUUUCUCUGAGACUGUAGGAAAAUGUUUGUUUCAUUCUCUGUCUCUUUAUUUUUCUAUUUGUACAACUGAAGAAAUAAUUAAAGUCAACAUUAACAAUG